ACCGUUCUGUCGACGCUUGGAUCUUUAACCGUCCGCGAGUGUUGGGUAACGUGCGCUGGUAACUGGACAUAUCGGUAUCGUACUGUCGAUGUUGUAGUCUUUCUAGGCUUCAACGAGUUACCUUGCACAAUUCGGGACACCCUAGUUUACGCCAGGAAUCCGACGUUCGGUUACGAUCUAUCCGCGCAGGACCGUGAAGUGGCAAUUAGAUUGUGCUUGAUAGCAACAUGGCAAUCCGAUCGCUGCGUUAUGUUGCUAGUGUCAGUGCCAGCUUCCCGAAACCCGUGACGAGUGUGGGCCAACAUCUGCAACAGCUGCAAUCGCCCCUCAAUAACAACAUUGGAAGAUGUCUCUCGGCGCAGUUGUCGGUUGGCAGUAGCUGGCCACAACCGCCCGUUCGUCAGUUUAGUGCAUUUCAGGGCAGCUACGGGCAGAACCAUAUCGGACCGAACGGGCCUGAACGUAAUAUCUGUGCUUCAAAAGCGCCCAGCAUGGUCAACGUGCGCUCACUGUCGAUGCAGGAAGUGAGCCGGAGCAUUCAGAUGAUCACCGAUAAACCCCGCAACGUAGUGAAAGACCAGCAAACUCUACAAUUGAAGCAACAAUGCGAGAAGCCGGUGGUGCUGAUCAUAUCGUGGCUCAAUGCACGCCAGAAACAUUUGGCCAAGUACGCGGAGCUUUACAUUGACCAAGGUUUCGAUGUGUUCGUCGCCCAAAUCACCCCCUGGCAGCUGCUGUGGCCGGUCAAGGGAACGCAGCUGGUUGCGGCCGAAAUUGUAAAGUUUCUGAAAAACAACGAAUUUAAAAACGGACUCGUUCUGCACGGUUUCUCCGUCGCCGGGUACCUUUGGGGUGAGUGUCUGGUGCACAUCGCCCGCGAUCUGGCCAACUAUCAGGUAGUGCUCGAUCGCGUCACCGGGCAGGUCUGGGACAGUGCCGCCGACAUCACGGAAAUAUCGGUCGGUGUUCCGACGGCGUUGUUUCCGAAAAAUCCCACCCUUCAGAACGCCCUGCGGAAGUACAUGCUGUAUCACAUGAAGGCUUUCCAUGAGCCGGCCACGUCACACUACAUCAGAUCGAGUCAAAUGUUCCACACCAAUCUGCUGCGCUGUCCGGCUCUGUUUUUGGUGUCGAAAACUGACCCCGUCGGUACGGUCGAGGCGAACACGCGUGUCAAGGACAGCUGGGAGCAAAGCGGUGUUAAGACCACGUUCCACUGCUGGGACCGUUCGCCGCACGUCGGACACUUCAUGAAACAUCGCGAGGAGUACAUUGACGUACUUUUCCACCAUCUGAGACAGCUGAACCUACCGACCAUUAAGCAGGAUGCGCUGUUGCGGGCUAAACUGUAGGCGCAAUCGUUUCGACACUCACUGUGAUACUUACGAAACGAAAAAAACGCGUGACCCGGUCGCGUUUUGCACUUGAACGAAAGGGAGGGACGAAACUACGGGAGGAAAAUAUACAAAAAAGAUGACCAUCGUAUGCCGUGGAAAUCAGUCACAAAUGAUGAUAAUGAAACCGUUCUAAUGUGGUUUGAACGUAGGAACAAAGUUGUGCUCUCAUGAAAAGAAUUCUACUAGAAACAAAAACAACCCUACGAACACGAACAUCCUACCCUUAAUACGUUUUUUUUUACAUAAUUUGUAGUCUGUAUUGCGAAUAUUUGUUUUUAGUCGACAUUUUUUACACCUUUUCUAUUCCUUUGUUACACGCAGCAACAGAAGUGAGCAUUUCGCAGAUGGGACUAUUAUGGGCCGGGAAUGAAGUAAAAUUAGGAUUCUUCUCAAAAAUUCCAGGCAUUCCCAAGAUCGAUGAUAUUGAUUUCGAUAUACUCCGAUGCCAAGAUCGACAAAACGUUUCCCGCGUCAAGUACCGUGAAGCUCAAGUGAUGCGUUUUUUGUAAAAACCACGUUCACCAUUGACGCGCAGACUACCUUCUGUCAUGCCCGCAGCGGUGGAUGUACAGUUAUUUCACUCUCCAUAACCCUAGUACAAUAUAUAUAGGUUUUGUUUCCUUUUUUUAAUUUUCAGAUAAAAUUAUCUGAACAAAGUUAUCAAUUAUAAGUUACUCUAACUGC